UUGAACAAUAUCUCACUAAUCACCUAGAGCUUCCUCUUGCCAACAACGCCUUAUAGCUUCUUCCUGUGACACACCAUCAUCCUCACAAUGGGUUACUCCUCUUCUCCCACGCUCAUCCUACUAUCACUCAUAGGGAUGUUUUCCUUGAUCUUCGGGGUUUGGAUGAUCAUCACCCCCUCAAGCGUCAGGUUCCACGUAACUGAGGCUUCCCUAAUGCAAUUCAAUCUCACAAGCAACAACACCUUAUAUUUCAAAUUCAGGGUCAAAAUCUCAGCAAGAAACCCCAACCACAACGUCAAGAUCUAUUAUAGAAGGAUCAGAGCAGUUGCUUGGUACAAAGAUAAUGACUUUAGUGGGGUGGUUUUGACACCCUUUGAUCAAGGCCACAAGAAUACCUCAUUCCUUGAGCCUGCAGUGUUUGAAGGGCACAGCGCCAUGGAACUUAAACCUCGCCAGCUUGCUGAGUAUAACGAGGAGACACGUUUAGGGAUAUACCAUGACUUGGCUGUAGAUUUGGAUCUUCGAAUUAGAGCUAAGUAUGGUAGCAUCAAGGGUCUUCGUUUCAAUCCCCCCAUUAUAAGGUGUCGCCGUUUGAGAGUUCCUUUGAUUUCUAAUGAUGAUUCAACAACUGAUUUCAAUGUCACGGGCUGCCAAAGUGAUUAUUUCUUUGAUAGCCGUGGAGAUUAUGAGGACUAUUUCCUCAACCAUAGAUAUUGGUAG